UUCCCACAAUGCAACGCGAAGUCUUUGUGUUGGUGUUCCACCAUAUCUGACAGACGACGAAUACACAAACGAUGAAAAAUGGAAAAUCGUGAGGGUUUACCACACUAGACGAUUGUAAUUCUCUUUAUCAGAUACUUUAUACUCAAAGUACAAUAUGUCUAGCGCUAAAACCGAGUUUCAUGUCGCCGGGAAGUACCGACUUGUUAGAAAAAUCGGUAGUGGAUCUUUCGGUGACAUCUAUCUUGCCAUCAACAUUUCAAGUGGAGAGGAAGUGGCUGCUAAAUUGGAAGCAAAUAAAGCCAGACAUCCACAGUUGUUAUAUGAAAGUAAACUGUAUAAAAUAUUACAAGGUGGAGCUGGUAUACCACAUGUAAGAUGGUUCGGACAGGAGAAGGACUACAAUGUUUUAGUGAUGGACUUGCUGGGGCCAAGUCUCGAAGAUCUGUUUAACUUUUGCUCACGGAAAUUCACGAUGAAAACAGUUCUAAUGCUAGCAGAUCAGAUGAUCAACCGUGUAGAGUAUGUUCAUAACAAGAACUUCAUUCACAGAGACAUCAAGCCUGACAACUUCCUCAUGGGUAUUGGGCGACAUUGUAACAAGGUGUUUAUCAUAGACUUUGGCUUAGCUAAAAAGUACCGAGACAAUCGCUCCAGACAGCACAUACCUUACCGAGAAGACAAGAACCUGACAGGCACUGCUCGCUAUGCCAGUAUCAACGCCCAUCUGGGCAUAGAGCAGAGUCGGCGGGACGACAUGGAGUCUCUCGGAUAUGUCCUCAUGUACUUCAAUAGGGGAUCUUUACCAUGGCAAGGGCUGAGAGCUGCCACAAAGAAGCAGAAAUAUGAGAAAAUUAGUGAAAAGAAAAUGUCAACGCCAGUUGAAGUCCUCUGUAAGGGUUUUCCGGCUGAGUUUGCCAUGUACCUGAACUACUGCCGAGGCCUACGUUUUGAAGAGGCUCCUGACUACAUGUACCUGCGACAACUGUUCCGGAUCCUGUUCCGGACACUCAACCACCAGUACGACUAUGUGUUUGAUUGGACGAUGUUAAAGCAGAAAGCCUCCCACCAGGCAACACAACAACAGAUUUCUUCUACUGCGAAGUGAAUGGACGUUGCGGAUGUACCAGGCAGCAUUGUCCCGAGGUUUAACUCGCUACCCACCCACCUCAAGUCAUGUGUGUGUGGUUUGAACAGUUUCAUCAUAAACAAGUGGAUGUAUAGUGGUGUCUGAGAGAAAAACUGUCAAUACGAACGUAGUCGGCCGAUCAACUUAUCAUCUACCAACCCUGUUAUCUCUCAUAGUUUCAUCUUCCCGUUACCGGAGGGGGUUGUCCCGCAGAGUAUCAGCUCUUGUUUUUGUUAUUUGAGUUAUUUUGUAGUGUGCUAUUUGAUUGGUGAAACUGCGUAGUCAUGCUAAACUGAGGCUUGACAUUAACCAUAGGAAAGCUAGAUAAUCAGGGUUAUUGAUUUUGUUUGCAGGAGCGAAUUUCUUUAGUGGCAAGGCAGCUUGUUAACCAAAUUCUGGAGAAAAAAAAUGAUUGUUUAAAAUGAUGUGAAUAGACACAAGUUGAAAGAUGAGUGAAUUUGAAAGUGCAAACUUUUGCUAUUUAUUGAAAAUUCUUCGUAUUUUUGUUUGGAAUAACAUGUAUGUUAGAUUGAAGGUCCAAAGCUCAUCACUCACAUUUCUUGUAAAUCAAGUUGGUGUUUUUUUAACACAUUUUCUCGGUCAUACAUAGUUCAACACACACACUAACUACACUAACCUGAGAUGUAUAUUGGCGAUGUUAACACACUGUAACAAGAAAUCCUUAAUCUACACAAAUACAGGGGUGGGUGAUAUCAUGUUUAGUUCUGUACAUAUGCCAAAACAUAUUGUAAACCUAACAAGCACUUUUCAAAAGAAACUCAUUUGACAUCAAUCUCUCUGCAAAUGAAAAAAUCCAUUGAUUAUUUAAUAAGAUUUGGAAAACAAUGAGAAGAAUGGUUGGACUCAUGUCCACUAUUGCAAUAUUUCCCCCCAAUUCCCAGUUUGUUGUACUGACUGUUGAGGGUCAGUGCCCGUGUAUGCCAUUUUACCUGAACUUCCAUCUGAGUAACAAGGGCAUGAAGUCACCGAGGACGGUAUAAUCUGUAAUAUGGCAACUCAUUCACGUCCUUUUGUCAUUGAUACCUAAACAAAGUCUCUUUCUCUUUCUUUCUUGCUCCUUUUACAAUGUACAGUUAUAUAUUUAACUUGUUGAAUUUUACCAGUCAUUGUUAUGUAUUUGUGUGUAAUAUAUUUGUAUAUUAUUUUAAAUAUUGAGUUUGGUUGGAUGUUGCUGUAAAUAUUUGUAGAGUAGGUGCAAACUUAUUUUGGCAAGUUUGACGCACUGGGAUGAAAGGGAUGUACUGGGACACCACAUCUGUAGAGAACUCCUGUAUGUGAGAUUAUUACCCUGUUAGCUCAGGCUCAUCUGCCAUGGAUGCCGAUUAUAUGCCAGAUAGGAACUGCAGGAACAAUAUGUGUGUAUGGUUGUGAAACAAGGAAUAAGACCUACAUUUAUUGCCAACUGACAUUUCCUGUACAAGCAUGGAACUUUGACAUACUACUGGCAUGUCGUUGACACUUAAGUCACAUGAUUUGCAAUGGUUGAAAAAAUACCAGUAUGUGCAUUGUCUCUUGGAAGCAUCUUUGGAAGCUGGUCUGAUGCGUACAUGUUAUUCCUGUGUUGCCAAUGCUGAGCUAUUAUUGUGGAUUAGAUAUACCAGGGAUACCCCAUAAUCAUUUUGUGUGUGUGUAAAUAUUCCUUGGUUUGACAAGUGAGUCACUGGGCGCGGUGACAUUUAUGUGUCAGAUACAUAGUAUGGAUUUGUGUUCUAAACUAUUUUGGAGUACAGUUUGAUGAUGUAUGUAUCUAAAUGUCUCUAAUGCUAGCUGUAAUAUACUCUUGAGUGUCUUUUGUAAGUAUACGUAUAGAGCUGCAAGUACAAAAUCAAAGAGUGAAAUGUUUGUUCAGAUAACCCCUGGAUCAUCUUCAGUUACUAACUCACCCCUUGUAGAAUCAAGGAGCUGUGAAUGUCUGCCUUCCACUUUUCUAUACCUGAGGUCAUCGAAUACUUCUACAUUUUUGUCAUUUGUUUUCCUUUUGAAGAAAUGCUUAAAAUUAUCUUUACACUACCUCAAAGGUUGUUGAAAAUAUAUCUUAUUCUGUCAAUAUCCACUGUUCCUCUUCAAUGACCUCAGGUGUAACAACAUCAAGUGAGAUGUCAUUUUACAUUUUGCUUCUGACAAUUUGAUGCAGCCUCUCAAAGAGCCAGUCAAUGUUGGAGAGUUUGUGAUUUCCUUUUGUGGGUCAAACACUAUCCCAAGUUAUCGUGUCACAUGUUUCAUGGUGUGAGUAAACAUGAUUUGAACCUGCAGUGACCAUCACUUCCACCCAAGUAUUUGAACUGGCAUUACAAACUGGCAUUGUAACAUAAUUUUGAAGGUUGAAAUGUUAAAGCAGUCUGAUGAACUUUAUUUUAUCAGAAAAAAAACACUGUAAACUUGUUAUUUGAAGGUUGCAGCUAUCAUUGAAUUUGAUAAAUAAACAAUUGAUAUAAAA